UUUUCCUCCUUGCGAUACAGCCUGUCACAGCUCGAGGUUUUCUUUCACCCUGCUCCGCAAAGUUACCCUCUCUGUGAAGGGACGGUUUCGCUCUGUAGUCGUUAUUAAAGAAGAUGCGUGUAGUUAGAAACUGUAUGUGUGAAGAAACGACUUCCUACUGCAGCAGUCGAUUCUAAGGAAACUUUUAAUUUUGUGCUUCAAGAAGCCUGAUUACUUCUUGGAUUACUUUUCUACCUUGGUCUAGAAGAUAACUUGAGGAAAAUGGAAACAGAUGAGGCUCAAGAUAUGUCCCAGGUUUCAGGAAAGGAAAGUCCUCCAAUUAGUGAUGUCCCAGAUGAUGCAGAUGAACCUAUGCCUGUACCAGAGGACCUUUCCACAAGUACUGGAGGACAACAGAGUGCUAAGAAUGAGAGAGUCUUGGCUGCAUACGGGGCAGAAGGCUUUAGGGACUUUCAUGCAAUAAUUCCCAAAUCUUUUUCCCCCGGUAAUAUUAAAAUAGAGACUCAGAGUGAUGAAGAGAAUGGGCGUGCCUGUGAAAUGAAUGGGGAAGAAUGUGCGGAGGAUUUACGAAUGCUUGAUACCUCGGGAGAGAAAAUGAAUGGCUCACACAAUGGCCCAGGCAGCAAGGCUAUGUCAGGAGUUGGAGGCAUUCGACUUCCUAAUGGAAAGCUAAAAUGUGAUAUCUGUGGGAUAAUUUGCAUCGGUCCCAAUGUGCUCAUGGUUCACAAACGAAGCCACACGGGAGAACGCCCUUUCCAGUGCAAUCAGUGCGGAGCCUCCUUUACACAGAAGGGCAACCUUCUGCGCCACAUAAAGUUGCACUCGGGUGAAAAGCCCUUCAAGUGUCACCUGUGUAACUACGCCUGCCGUCGCAGGGAUGCUCUCACAGGACACCUGAGGACUCACUCGGUUGGCAAACCCCAUAAGUGUGGAUACUGUGGUCGCAGCUAUAAGCAGCGCAGCUCUUUGGAAGAACAUAAAGAACGCUGCCAUAACUACCUGCAAACCAUGAAUAUCUCAAGCAGCCUUUAUUCAGUCAUAAAAGAGGAAACUAACCAGAGUGAAAUGGCUGAAGACCUGUGCAAGAUAGGGUCAGAAAGAUCCCUCGUGCUGGAUAGACUAGCAAGUAACGUCGCCAAACGUAAGAGCUCUAUGCCUCAGAAAUUUGUUGGUGAGAAAUGUCUGCCCGAUCUUCCAUACGAUGCCACCACCAACUAUGAGAAGGAGAAUGAGAUAAUGCAGACGCACGUUAUAGACCAGGCCAUUAAUAACGCCAUCAGUUACCUGGGGGCAGAGUCCUUGCGUCCCCUUGUCCAGACACCACCAGGUGGUGCUGAGGUGGUGCCUGUCAUCAGCCCCAUGUACCAGCUCCACAAACCUCUCGGGGACAAUCAGGCUCGCUCCAACCAUACAGCUCAGGACAGCGCAGUGGAAAACUUGUUGCUGCUUUCCAAAGCCAAAUCUGUCUCCUCCGAACGAGAUGCCUCUCCCAGCAACAGCUGCCAAGACUCAACAGAUACAGAAAGCAAUAACGAGGAACGCAGUGGUUUAAUUUACCUGACAAACCACAUAGGUCCCCAUGCAAGAAAUGGCAUCUCGAUAAAAGAAGAAAACAGGCAAUAUGAUGUCUUGAGGGCAGGUACUGACAAUUCCCAGGAUGCUUUCAAAGUGAUCAGCAGCAAUGGGGAGCAAGUGAAAGUUUACAAGUGCGAACACUGUCGAGUCCUUUUCUUGGAUCACGUGAUGUACACGAUCCAUAUGGGCUGCCACGGGUUCCGCGAUCCUUUUGAAUGCAACAUGUGUGGCUACCAUAGCCAGGACAGGUACGAAUUCUCUUCCCACAUAACUCGAGGGGAGCACCGUUUCCACAUGAGCUAAAACUCCUCCGGCACAGAUCUAGCCUCAACAGCUGCGUUACUGGAGCUGCACGAGCCACAACAGCAACAAAGCACAAGUCAGCUGGACAGUAAAAGUAACACAAGAAUCAGAAGUUCAGCUAUCUUCUCCCACGAGAACAGCUUUUUCCUUUUGGUAGCAUGCAUUGCAGCUCAGUUUUCUAAAAUGAGUACUAAAGUUUUUACCGAAAAUGUUUGAUCACCAAAAACCUUUAGUAAUGUAAGUAGGAGCUUUUGUAGUCACAUAGCUGAAAGCCCUUCCCUUAACUGAUGCUUCUUGCAAACCUCCCUUGCCAAAACUGUUAACCAUGCGCAGGAUGCACCACGCGGACGAGGACACAGCAGGCAGGAGUGGCCGAGCUUUCUCUCUUAACACCUUGAGCGUAGGGCUCUUACACCAGAUGUAUGUUUUUUGACUUCCUGGUAUUAUUUGACUCUUUUGGAAAGAUUAAACUCAACUAAAGAUGGAGGGGCCCAUCUCAGAUGACUUCACAGACAGCUGGGGUGGGACGGGCCCCCCCAGCCAGAGGGUUCUGAGUUGCUUUGGCAGUAAAAAGUAGAAUGUUUCCACCUGCAAGGGUGCUGCUGGUAUUGACGUCACGGCAUGCCUUGUUUGUGUCACUAGGCAGGUGAGCAGGUAUGUGAAAGAUGGAAGAAACACCCUUGUAAUAUACUCUGUGAAGUAUGAAUUGCGUUUAAUGUAUAGAAAAAGGGUAUUGUUGGCUCUUCUUUGAAUAAAUGUUUUCUCUCCCUAUCCAAUAAAACCCCACUUUUCAUUAAGCAACCCCUCCUCU